CAGGCUCCUACGGCGGUCAGGCCAUCUGUUAUGCAGAAGAAGAGUCUGUUAAAUAGGAUGUUCUCGCAGACUGGGAGGAAGGAAAGGGAAGCUGAGAAGGCUGCAGAGAAGGCCGAGAAGGCGGAACGCAAAGAGAGAGAAAGGCUGGAAAAGGAAAGAGAAAAGCAAGAAAAGGAGAGCGAAAAUGGUGGCAGCCCUGAUCCUGAGCAUUCAAGGAUCGCAUCACCAGCAGAUAUUUCCCAAAGUGGAACCCCCACGGGAACGAAAGAGCCGCAUGUUAGGUUCAAGGUCUUACCGGACGGUAACCACGUUCAUCGUUUGAAGAACACGAAGCGUCAGGAAAAGUUGAAGAGCAUGUUUGAUGCAUUUAUGAUGGGUGGAUCAGCUAAGAAGAAGGAAGAGGAGCGUCGUGCGGAGGAUGAACGGUACGCUGCCGAAGAAGCUGCUACCCUCCAGAUGGACCGCCUUUCUCUCCUGCACAAUUGGGUUGAUACGCUCAAAUCCGAGCAGAAACUUGCGAAGGAACAGAAGAACGGACCGAAUGCUACCGCUGGCUUGGUAGAAAAGUAUGGCAAGUGCCAAGAGAUCGUCGGUAGGGGUGCAUUCGGUAUCGUGAGGAUCGCACACAAGCCUGAUCCUGCUGAUCCGCGAAAGGAGCAGUUGUAUGCUAUCAAAGAGUUCAGGAGGAGACCCGCCGAGAGCGUCAAGAAGUACACCAAGCGUCUCACUUCUGAGUUCUGUAUCUCGUCUUCGCUUCGUCACCCCAACGUUAUCCACACGCUUGAUUUGGUUCAGGAUGCUAAGGGUGAUUACUGUGAAGUUAUGGAGUUCUGUGCUGGUGGUGAUUUGUACUCGCUUAUUCUUGCCGCUGGCAAGUUGGAGAUGGAAGAAGCAGAUUGUUACUUCAAGCAACUCAUGCGCGGUGUCGAAUACAUGCACGAGAUGGGUGUCGCUCACCGUGACCUCAAGCCUGAAAAUCUCCUCCUUACGCCUCAGGGUGCACUCAAGAUUACUGAUUUCGGUAACGGUGAGUGUUUCCGUAUGGCCUGGGAAAAGGAAGCACACAUGACUUGUGGAUUGUGUGGUUCCGCGCCAUAUAUCGCUCCUGAGGAGUAUACGGAUAAGGAGUUUGACCCACGGGCUGUGGAUAUUUGGGCUUGCGGUGUCAUCUACAUGGCGAUGCGCACUGGAAGGCAUCUUUGGCGUGUGGCGAAGAAGGAUGAGGAUGAGUUCUUCGCCAAGUAUCUCGAUGGAAGGAAGAGCGAGGAGGGUUAUGAGCCGAUCGAGUCCUUGCAAAGGUCUCGUUGUCGUAACGUCAUUUACUCCAUCCUGGACCCUAACCCUGCUCGACGUAUUACCGGAAAGCAGAUCCUGAGGAGUGAGUUCAUUAACAGUAUUAAUAUUUGCAAGGCGGGUGAAUUCGGUAUCUAGUAUCAGUGAGGCGUUGGCUGGUAUCUUCGAAGUCGUAUCGUGUUUGUUGUCUUUUGGUGGACCGUAUCCUUUUCGUGUUACGUGUUGGAGUGGGGAGUCCUGGAUUGCUGUUGAUCGUAUUCCUUACAUUCGU